AUGGAGAAGAAGAUCACAGAGAAGAUCGCGGCUUUGCCGCCUGAUGCGAACUACUUCUCUUUGGAGUUCUUCCCGCCAAAGACUCGCAUGGGCUUCGCCAACCUGUCCGCACGUCUGGAGCGCAUGGCCCAGGCUCUCCGCCCACUAUUCGUGACCGUCACUUGGGGUGCUGGUGGUAGCACUGCCGCGCGAUCCCUCGAGCUGGCAGAAGUAUGCCAGCGCCAACUGCAGUUGACGACCGUUCUUCACCUGACAUGUACGAACAUGAGCCGAAAGCUGGUGGACAUGGCGCUGGAUGAGGCUAAGGUGUUGGGCAUUCGCAAUAUCCUUGCGCUUCGUGGUGACCCUCCCCGCAGCGAGGAAUACAACAUGCACGGAGAGGACGACAGCAACAAGGACUUCACUUUUGCCGUUGAUUUGGUGCGCUACAUUCGCGCUACACACGGAGAUUACUUCUGUGUUGGUGUUGCUGCAUACCCAGAGGGCCAUCCCGCCGAUUCAUUCCAAGACACCCAGGACCCGGCCAGAGACAUUCCCUACCUCGUGGAGAAGACCUUGGCUGGUGCAGACUUCAUCAUGACCCAGUUGACUUACGACAUCGAUGCGUACCAGAAGUUUGAGGAUAUGCUUCGCAACCACGAAUCGGGUGCUUUCAAGACCAUUCCUAUCAUCCCAGGCUUGAUGCCCAUUCACAGCUACAAGAUUCUCACUCGAGUGACGAAGCUUAGCCAUGUCACCAUUCCGCCUCCCAUCGCUAACCGCAUGGAAGAGCUCAAGCAUGAUGACGAUGCUGUCAAGCGCGCUGGUGUUGAUAUUGUCAGUGAAAUUGUGGAUGGCAUCAAGGAUCUUCGUUGCCCUGGACCCCGGGGUUUCCACUUCUACACUCUCAAUCUGGAGAAGACCGUUUCGUUCAUUCUGGAGCAGUGCAAACUGAUUCCGGAUUAUGCGGACGAGUCUGCUAUCGAAGAUAACGUAUCUAUUCCUAUCGAUUUCCCCGGACGCACCAUCGGAAGGCGCCGUGCCUCAUCCAUUAACUCGCAACCCCACAACCGUGUCAUUGUGGACAGACUAUCCGGAAAGGAGUCAUCAGAGAACUCCGUGCACGAAGCACGCUCAGACCGCGCCGGUAUGCCUGCAAUGCCGCCUAACCGCAGCACCACUCUCCUCAUCUCCGAGGGCCAGGGUGCGCUCGGCAGAGAGGCCACAUGGGAUGACUUCCCCAACGGUCGAUGGGGUGAUGCUCGAUCCCCUGCUUUCGGUGAAAUCGAUGGUUACGGUCCUUCUCUUCACGUCACUUCCACCGCCGCACGCCGCCUAUGGGGACAUCCCGUUGACACUUCCGACAUGAGUACGCUUUUCCGUCGCCAUGUCUCUGGGGAGCUACACAUGGUUCCCUGGUCAGAGGGUGGAGCUGAGGAGGAUGGAGGUGGUCUGAACGCAGAGACUGAGCUUAUUCGGCCAGAGCUGCUCAAGCUCAUCGAUGGUCGUGGAUGGUGGACUCUUGCCUCCCAGCCUGCAGUGAACGGAGUGCACAGUGACCACCAUAUCUUCGGAUGGGGUCCUCAGCGUGAGGGCUUCGUCUUCCAAAAGCCUUUCGUUGAGUUCUUCUGCUCCAACAAUGACUACACCAACAUCCUCCAACCGAUGUUCAAAAAGCACGGCCACGACAAGAUGACUUGGUUCGCCACAAAUGUAAAGGGCGACUUUGAAUCUUCUAUUCCCUCCCAGCAAGCCGGCGUCGAGCUCGACGACCUCGGUACUAACCCCGACAGUGUCAACGCCGUCACCUGGGGUGUCUUCCGCGGCAAGGAAAUCGUCACCCCCACCAUCAUUGAAGAAGUCAGUUUCCGCGCUUGGGGUGAGGAGGCUUUCAGAAUCUGGGAUGAGUGGCGCCGUAUCUACCCCCGUGGCUCGCCAACCGAAACUUACCUCGACACUACCAAGAACGACGCUUGGUUGGUCUGCGUUGUCGGUCAACAAUUCGGCGCUGGCACCAAGCAGGGCUCCAAGGAAGAGGAGGAUGAAGUCAAAUGGAUGUGGCGUGUGUUGGCUGGCGAAGAGGUAUGA